UAUUAGUAUUCAUAAUGAAUCAAUAAUUCUUUGGCAACUCAAGAUUGGCCAUUCAAAGAGCUCAAUAACUUCACUAAUUCUUCACUUAAUCAGUCAUUUAUGAUCAAUUCAAAUAUACAGCCAAAAUGCCCUAAUAUCCAAAAAUUGUAUUUUUGCAAUCGAACCAAUUUAUCAGAAAUCUGGUUGAAAAGUAAUUUUAUCUUUGAAACAUAGACAAUUCCUUUAAUAUUCAAUUAUUGAUGCAUAGAAAUCUAGUGGAGUAGUAAAAUUAUAAUGUAUAUCAAUAGGAUGGUGUAGCUAGAUUAGCAGAAUAAGUAUAAUUGCAAUCUACUUAAACUAAUGGUGCUUUAUUAUUUGGAUUCCCAAAUACAGCAGUUGAAGCAGAAAGGUAAUUGAAAAAAUAAAAAAUAUUAAAGCCUUGAUAGAUUAUUGGAUGGAAUCAAUUUAGCAGUUAGAUUCAGGUUGUCUGACUCACUAGCAUAGAAAAUUGCAGGAUCAUUUCUAUCAUGUUAAUCAUGUGGUAAGGUCUUCAAUACUAGUUUGCCAUUCAUUACACCAACACAUCCAGGAUACUAAAAUAAUGUAUAAAUUUGUCAACGACAUUUAGUGUUAAUCACCAAGCAAAUGCGCUUUAGAAUCAAGUUCAGCUCCAACUGAUUAGGUCAAUGCUGAAGUUGUUAAUUACUAUCAACAGAAAGUAUAAAUUGGAUUAAUGAUAGGGUGCUUAUCUUGAAUAUGAAAUCAACGAAGAGCAUUUAUUGUAUGACUCAUAAGAGUUCUUUGAAAAGUUAGAUAAUGCAGUGGCAACGCAUAUCAAAGUGUGAU